ACAUUUGACAUUCAUAAGAAAGCUUGCGGCUUGAUUUUUGCUAAAAACUAGUAAAAACACACAAAAGUGCAACAAACUUAAAAUAGUAGUGAAGGUGCUGUAUUUUAUUUUGAAAAUAAACGAAAAUCAAAGAAAAAUAAUAUCCUGGUUAAGCGAAACUUGCAAAAUGUUUCUAGGAUAAGUUUCAAAAGUGUGUGGACAUCCAUGUUUUGGUGAUAAUGAAUACUGAAAAUCUAAAUCUUAGUCUAGAUAUGGGUGACGAUAUGAAAUUAGAUGAAGUAAACUACGAGAGUGAUGUAUCCUCGUCCAGUUCUGAACUUUCAACUGGCCCAAGCAUCAGUUCUUCUAGCACUAAUUCUUCUGGUGCACUGCAGCGAUCACGGCACAAGAGAGACCGAUCCAGAAGUGCAUCACCAGCGUCAAAGAGACCACGUUCCAAAGAUAAACUGAAAUCUUACGACUAUAUAACGAAGUUAAAUUACUUAUUUCGUGAUGCCCGUUUUUUUGUUAUCAAAUCUAAUAAUUCUGAAAAUAUCAUCCUUUCAAAAGCCAAAGGUGUGUGGUCAACUCUUCCUCAAAACGAAUCAAACCUUAAUCAGGCAUAUAAAGAAUCGAGAAAUGUUCUUCUAAUCUUUUCUGUUAAAGAAAGUGGAAAAUUCGCAGGUUUUGCACGUCUACAUGGUGAAUCAAGACAUGAUGGGUCUCCGAUUUCUUGGGUACUUCCACCUGGCUUAUCAGCCAAAGCAUUGGGAGGGGUCUUUAAGGUAGACUGGAUUUGUCGCAAAGAGUUAUCAUUUUUAAACACCAUGCAUUUAUAUAAUCCAUGGAAUGAUGGAAAACCUGUAAAAAUUGGAAGAGAUGGACAAGAAAUUGAACCCCGUGUUGCUGAGGAAUUAUGCCGUUUAUUUCCUGAAGAUGAAGGAAUCGACUUAUUACCAAUAUUAAGAUUAGCUAAAGAGGCUGGUAAAAAAAGUACCUUACGUAGUAGAGACGGACACAGACACCCAAAAGCCAGAAUGCCAAUAGCAGCCAGACCUUCUUCCUUUAACUAUAGAGGAAGAGGCUCAUCGUUUUCCAGGAGAAAAUACUUUUUAUCUAGAGGACUGACAACAAAUAAUUAUAGACGCUCAGCAUCGCCAAGGCCAAGAGAUAGGUAUUCUAUGUUUUACGAAAGGGAUACAUCUCGCCCAUACACAGCAGCAGCAGCUGAAGCCUAUGUUGCUGAUUACAUGAGAACUAUGCAGCAUCAAUUACCUCCUUUGCCCUAUGUAGCAUCUUCACUUUACCCACAGUAUGAUAAUUUACCUCCACCCAGAUACUAUGAAGGACUUCCUGUACCAGAUUAUCCAGCAUCUUCUAGAUUAGCCUCAUAUUCUGAUAAAAGGUCGUAUGAUAGAUCUGUUGAUGAGUUCAUUUGGAGAACAAGUCAAACAGAACGAUCUAGAGUUAGGGAUAGAGAACGUGAUAGAGGAAGGGACAGAGAGAGGAGCAGAAGCCAUCAUAGGUAUAGGGAUAGAAGGUGAAUACCAUAGUACCAAAUAGAGUUGUAAUCAUGUUUAUUUUUUACAAUUUUGGAUUUAUAGAGAACCGUAACUUCAAAAUGAAAAGUUUCAUUAUAUUUUCAUGCAUAAAAUAUCCAUAUUUAAAUUUUAUACAUUAUAAAAGGGCUUAAUGCAUGUUUAAAAGGUCUUUUCCUAAUAUAAUGACAGGUAUCUACAGCUUUAGAUACGGUCAUAUGUUGUUAAAUCAAUUUAUAUUUAACAAUAUGCAAAUGUAAUAAAUUCCAAUAUUUUGUUUAUUUUUCAUUUGAACCUUAUUAUUUGCACAUUCCAUACCAGUGUAUUUUUUUGUAGUUUUAUGAUUAAUAUUCAUAUUUACUCUUGUUGUGAACAAAACAAUUAAUUUAAUCUUUAUUAUUACAUUUAUUGGACUUUCAGGUAAAGAAUGUUUGUUUACAGAGAUUGUAAUCAAUAUUUAUUAUGUAGUAUAUAAGUUGUGUUCGCAGAUACCUGUGGGUGACAAUUUGUCCACGACAACGCAUGCCCACUUUAAAAUAAUAUAAAUAAUACCGUUAAUAGGGUAUUAUUAACGGUAACAUUAAUACAAGGUAUAUUUACGUAGUAUAAUUUAAUAAUUGGACCGCGUUAUGUAAUAGCGGAUUAAGCGCCAAAAUGUAGUUUUGAGAUAAAUCGGUUUAAAGAUUUUAAAUUUGUUUUUGGUACUAUUUCUAAAAUAUAGUACUGACAUGUUUCAUAUUUAAUAUAUUAAUGCAAAUGUAAAUAGACUUUUACAUGUGUUUAAAAUUUUUUAAAAAUAAUUUAUAUUUUAAAAGUUAUUCGAUCAAAUGUCGCUUAAUUCGUUAAUGAUUUUUUAAGAUAUGCAUGAGUUAAGAUCCGAAUACCGGAUUAAGAGACAUAUUUGGCGCUUAAUCUGAUGUUACCUUACAAAGGAUGUCUUUUAAUUCGAUAUCUUUAACGUUAGUAAAUAUGUUAUGUUUUGUAAUAAAGAAUUAACCGACUAUUCGUGGCGCUUGAUUCGUUAUUACACUUACAAAGAUGCGGAUUUUUGUUUAUGACAAUGGAUUAUGUACCAUUAUUGGCGUUUAGUUCGAUAUUACAAAUCGUAGUGUGAGAUUUUUUUUAAGAAAAUAAAAAAUGUUGCUUAAUACAGGCAUUUAAAAACAGCUUUUUUUUUAAAUUUUUUUACAAAAAACAUAUUUUUAUACAUAGAUCUACACCCUAGCUGCAAGAUGGCACUAUUAUCCCGAUUUUGGACUUUUGGCGGUUAAUCCGUUAUUACAUAACGCGGUCCAGUUAGUUGUUAAUAUUAAUUAAAAGUAAAUAUACCUUGUAUAUUUAUCUAUUAACGUUAUUACUUAUAUUAGGUGAGGUUAGGAGUUGUCAGCAACAAGUUGUCCAGGGUGUCCGCGAACGCACUUAUUAAUCUCUCUUGUGAGUCACCAGAGUGAAGGGUUUAUUAAUUUCUGUAUAAACCCAUUGUUUUCUCUUUCCGUCUUUCUUUUUAUUAAUCACUUAUUUAUCCAUUGUUGAGAACGUUAAUCUAUUAACGUUAUUACUUAUAUUAGGUGAGGUUAGGAGUUGUCAGCAACAAGUUGUCCAGGGUGUCCGCGAACGCACUUAUUAAUCUCUCUUGUGAGUCACCAGAGUGAAGGGUUUAUUAAUUUCUGUAUAAACCCAUUGUUUUCUCUUUCCGUCUUUCUUUUUAUUAAUCACUUAUUUAUCCAUUGUUGAGAAUAUAUUUUUCACCUACAGUUGUUAUUUAUUAAUUGUUUUGUUCUCUUCAUAUGUCUACGCAUUAAGUACAGGUGUCAGAUUUGUCUACACUCGGUUCCAAAUGUUAGAAUCAGUAUGGUUAUAUCGCUGGUAUCUAUGAUUAAUGUGAUUCCUAAUACAUUUCCAGUAAAAAUAAUAACUCUGAUAAGUGUUGGCCAUACAAUUUUUUUUAUGAGUGUCCGAGAAGAUUAUAACUUCCAAAAUAUUUAUAACGAAAAGAUUUAGUUCAUAAUAGAUGCUGACGAAAACAAUUUAUUUCCCUUUCUGUUUCUGCCGACGAAAACAAUUAGUUCUGAGAACUUUUUAGUAAUUAUAAUUUUCGUGGACCCACAAACAGAAAUGAUGUUUUUUGCUGAUACUCCUCAAAAAAUAAAUUUCUUUGCUAACACUUUAUUAGGGACUAUAAUUCAUAUAAUCAAAAAUAAUAUUUUUCGCGGCGUUCAUUGAAAGUUCUACUCUUAAAGGCAUUUGUCGAAGUUAUACUUUUCGUAGGUGGCAGCGAUAUAUUGCAAGCGGGUUUGCCAUCCUCUGAAUUAUCAUAAAUAAAUCCCACUUUAGCAUUCCACAGCAGUUUACAGCGAUAAUCCUCUACAAGUACCUGCCUAAUACUACCUUUCACAGCCACUGUCAUGAAGAGCGGCAAUGUUGUCAAAAUAAUUCUCAUUUAGGUAUUUGUACAUUGCAUCGCAUGUUUGAGAUACACUGUAGGCCAGUUUUGAAUUUGUGGUUUGUACCAGAAACAUCUUGUUUUCAUGAAUAAUAUGGAGUUUUGUAUAUUACUAUUAUUAUAUAGAGUGAUGAUUCAAGGUAGAGGUCGCUCAAGAUUCAGUGAGCUCUUUUAAUCCAUUUAAUGCAGUUGAUUAGUCUGAAUAUAUCCUUUAACUUUAGGCUAUUUAGAUUUUAUUAUGUUUUUUAGAUUCUAUUAUGUUUUUUGCUGUUGUCUACUAUCUUGCUGCACUCUCUCCAGUCCUGAAUCUUCUUUUCUCUUCAGUUUCCAAUUUUCGUCUUUGUAAUGUCUUCUAGUAGUUAGUCUUUCCAUUUUAUUUUUAGUCUUUCUCUUGGUUUGUUUAUUACUGGUUUCCAGUUUGUUAUCCUCCUUAUUAGUGCGUUUCUUUCUCUUCUUUGUAUGUUUCCAAACAUCUGUCUUUGUGCUUUAAUAACUUUUACUAUAUCUUCUCCUUCAGUUGUAUUUAUUAUUUCAUGGUUCAUCUGUCUUCUUUAUUCUCCUUGUUCUGUCUUUAUUGGCCAUGUAUUUUUCUCAUAAUUUUUCUUUCAAUUAUUCUUAGCUUUCUUCAUCUUUUUCCAUAAGGCACAUUAUUUCCACUUCAUAUGCUAUUACUGGUCUAAUUGCUGCUUUAUAUAUUUGUCUUUGUUUUUUUGCUUAGAUUUUUGUCUUGUCAAUUUCCAGUACACCCGUUUCCCCGCUCUAAUUCUUUUGCUUAUUUCCGCACUCUUCCAGUUUUGCUGUCACUAACACCCCCAAGUAUUUAAAGUAAUCUACCCACUGAAAUUUAUUUUCACCUAAUUUUAUUUCAAUUAUUCUGUUUACAUCAUCUCUUGUACUUAUUAAUCAUUUUGUUUUAUUCUGAUUGAUUAUUAUUCCUCUGUUCUUUAUGACACAUUUACAUGUAUCUAGUAACUGGCACCAGUUUCACUGAUAUGCCAGUGCUUGACUAGGAUAGCGCUGGACAGCUGUUUACAUGUAUCCAGUCAUUGGUGCCAGUGCCACUGGCACUCUUAUUAAAAAUCCAAACACUGCCUAUGAAACUUUACUCUUCACAGGUACGCCAGGGUUUACACAUGUUUACAAUCAUUGGCGCGGGGUUAGAGGGAACGCAGACAAGGGCCACUGGCACAAAAAAUUGUCUACAUGAUGCCACUAACAUGCCAAUGCUGUCAUGCCAGUGCGACUGGCGCCAAUUACUGGAUACAUGUAAACCUGCCUUAACUCCUCUUAUCAACGUUAGAAGUAUUUUUUCUAGCUUUUGUUUGUCAAGCACUACCAAUGCUAGUUUGUAUAUUCUAUGAUUUGUGUUAAACUCUUUUUCAGCUCUUUGUUUCUUCUGGUAUCAUAUAUUGACUUGUGUUGAUCAGCCCUUCAUUGUCAUUCUAGUCAGUCUUAAUAACUUUGCCUGUACUUCCAUCCUUUUCAUCUCUUUUAAUAAUCCUUCUUUGUUCCCUAGUUUUGGGGGGAAGGGCAUUAGGGGUGGUGGACUAAAAUUGCGCUGACUCUUAUUUUUUAAUUACAAAGAAUGGAAAAAAAAUUAAUUCUGGCCGUGGGGGCAUUUUGCAUAUUUAUCUUAAUCUUUUUGUUUCAUUAUAUAUCCUUUUUGCAGCUUACUUUCAAAUUUUUGAGAUUAAAAUACAUAUCUGUAUAUAAAUUAUAUAAGUGAAAAAUGAAUUAUUCUGUAGAAUUUUAUAUUUUAUUUAGUUACAAAUUCUUGACAUGAAACUAUUUUUGAUUGAUUUUUUGUCUAUUGGGUAUUAAUGAAAAAUAUAAUGAAAACAUUACACAAUAAUUUAAUGUUUAGAUAUAAGAAAUAAUGUAUUUUGAAGGUUCUCUGCGUCAAGACUUUUGCAAUGAUUUUUCUACUACAUGUUGUACGUAACAUGAUUACCAGAAUAAUAAUUGUGAUGUCUGUCUAUUAGAUUUCAGUGUAAAUCUGUGCAUAAAUAAUGUCUAGUGUAUUAUUAGAAACUCGAUAAGUUUUUUAAAUGAUGUGUUGCAUUAUUUGUAUAACCAUACAUAUUAAAAGACUAUAUUUUAAAAA